AGGUGGUAGUAUAGUUAAGUUUAUAAGUUUAAAACAUUCUAUAAUAACUCUAUUAACAAUAAAGAAACUUAUACAUGUAUGAAGUCAUUUGAAUUAAAAAAUAUGAGCAUUUUAUCACCCAUUAUUUUGAUUGCAAUUUUAAUGACUUUGUCAGUGGGUUGUGAUGCAUAUUUAUCAGAAGCAGCUAUUAUUAAAAUGCAAAAAAUGGUUAAAAGUGUAUGCAUAAAAAAACACCCAGUUCCAGAUGAAAUCUUUGAUAAUUUCAAGAAAGGCGAAAUUGUGGAUAACAAAAGUUUUAAAUGUUUCGUGGCUUGUACGUUAAAAACUGCGCAAUUUGUUUCACCAAGAGGAACUAUUGAAAAAAAAAUAUUGAAAGAAAAAUUGACAAUGUUAUUACCACCAGCUGUACUUGAUAUAUAUUUUCCAGUUUUUGAAGAAUGUGCAGAUAAAGAUUUUGGUGAACUAUGUGAAAAUGCAUUCGAAUAUAUAAAAUGUGCACAAAGAGUAAACCCAAAAACACUUAACUAUUUUCCUGUUUGAGUAAUGCUAUUAUUAGUCGUAUUUUGAAUAGUAUUUUUUAUUGUAUACUAUAUUAUAAUUGAUAUGUUUAUAUUAUAAUAUAAAAUAAAAUAAAACUUUAA